AUGGGUAAAAUGACUACACGGCCGCCUCCAUCCAAACACCUAACGCCGCUCAUCCUCGGCACCGCAACCUUCAAUACCCAAUACAACGCCGACCCUUUCUCCCUCCCCUCUACAGCCAUUGUCCACCGCGCCCUGAGCUCCGGGAUCCGCGCCUUCGACACAUCCCCCUAUUACGGACCCUCCGAAGAAAUUCUCGGCCAAGCUCUGGCCACUGAACAAGUAUCCCAACAAUUCCCCCGCAGUACAUACCAACUCCUCACAAAAGUUGGCCGAGUCGCCGAAUCCUCGUUUGAUUAUUCCCCGGCUUGGGUACGAUAUAGCAUUAGACGCAGCCUGAAGAGGCUGCGCACUGAUUAUUUGGAUGUGGUCUAUUGCCAUGACGUUGAAUUCGUUUCCGCGCCUGAAGUGCUUGAGGCAGUUAAAGAGUUGAGGCGAAUCCGGGAGGAGGAUGGAUCGAUUCUUUAUGUAGGUAUUUCGGGAUAUCCGGUCGAGACUUUGUGUGAAUUGGCGGAGUUGGUCCUCCAAGAGACUGGCGAACCGUUGGAUGUGGUCAUGUCGUAUGCGAAUUAUAAUCUUCAGAAUAUGCGAUUAGCUACCGAGGGAUUGGCGAGAUUACGUGCUGCGGGUGUGGAUGUUGUUCCGAAUGCUUCGAUAUUGGGGAUGGGUUUGUUAAGGGGUCAGCCAGUGUUUGAUUGGCACCCCGCACCUAAAGGGUUGAGGGAUGCGAUACAUAAGGCUAGUGAGUUGGUCAGCCAAAAACUUAUGAAAUUGGAAACGGUGGCUACGAGGUUUGGACUUGAGUCGUGGCUGCGGGAGGGUUCACCGGUGGGUGUGCUUGGUCAUCCACUGGAGGCAGCAGAUGCAUCUACGUCAAUAUUCAGUAAAGGUCAACGACUGGGCGUUACUGUUGUAGGCGUUAGCAAGGUGAAGGAAGUUGAUGAGUUGGUGGCAAGUUAUCGCGAGGUUCUCGAUGGUGGUGCCUUCUUAAGCGGAGAGACAGGACGAGCUUCUCAAGAUAUCGAAUUGUAUAAUAUGGUGCGAGCAGCCUUGGGAGAUUGGGUUGGAUAUGCCUGGCCGAGUCCCGGGGAGGGCUACCUUAAUACGUUACCUGAGGAGCAUUAUCAAUUGUUACGAGAACAGGAGACAACCACGACAACGGCUACAGGAAGCAAGGGAGAAAUUGCAAUGUACAUACACGACAUUUUCACGGAUUCUUACAAAUAUUCAAACUCAAAUACAUUCUUAACACCGAUCUCCGAGCUCGGAGAUGAUGGGCUUGGUGAAGUCAUACAAUGUAGCCAUUCGUACUCCUUGAGAGAAAAUAAUUCCCAUCUUGGGAUGAAAGAUCUUAUCAGAUGGUGGGGUGCUCGGUCUGCAUAUCCGUACUUGGUAAAUCCGAGGUUGUCGGCACGUCCUCUCCUCGAUCUGGCCAAAAGCCUUCAAGUAGUGCGGAGAUGA